AAUAUUUUAAGAACAUUUACAGGAUGAACAGGUGGUUUCCCCUGUGAAGCUUCUCACAUCAACUCCUUACAUCGAGGCAUCGAGUCCUGAACGUCCACUCUUGCGUCCUCCUAGUGCAACCGCAAAACAGCUCAUAGAAAUUCACAGGAACUACCGGCGUGGAUCUUAUCGAGAGUGGCCAGUGUUUCUGCCGCCAAACAUGGAUGAAGAUUUGCAGAAUCUGGAACAUCCGGACCCCGCAAAGCGCCCUCGCUACUUGCCACUACCGCCGCCUUAUCAUCUUUUACCGAACACGUCAUUUUUCCGCAAGGCCAGCAUCAAGCCUCCACCUACAUAUAGCACUGACGGUUUAUGUCCUCUCAAGAGAAUUACCAAUCGCUAUCUAGCUAGUAUUCUGGUCAGUAACUUUUACUUAUAUGCAGUACAUUUAGCGUAA